GGUGUAUGGACGAACAUGAAAGGUGGUGAAAGUAUAUGAUGUAAGCAAGUAUGUCAGCAUAUAUAGUUUUGGUCAGCGGUUUAUUAUCAAAAGGCUCGGAGCCUUCUCGGAGCCAUUCCUGCAAUUAACGUCAUGUCCGUCUGCCAUCUUGUUUUCCCAGCAUUCUUUGCGACCCAGUCUCCAACCCUGCUCCAACGCUCCAACCCGUACCCAGUUCCAAGGAAAAACAAGAUGGCGGUUCAUUUAGGGGGGAAUUUUGGAUACGUAUUUUCUGUGGAGGAAGCCAACAAACUGAUAGAGGAUUUAGAAAUACAAUCAACAGCAAAGUUUGCAUGCUGUAAGGCAACAAAAGACUUUGGAUCUGUCGAUUACACCAAAGGACCGCACAGAAUAUUUUGGGAAGACUCCCAGUUUGUAGACGGAGCUAAAAUAAGUUUUAAUGGAGUUCCAUUCAUAAUUUUGGGCUCAAAAGUUUAUGACUGCCAGCAUGGCGUGGACAGGAACACGGCUCUUAAACGUAAGAGGAGAGAGGAAGCAGAGACUGAGGUCAACGUUGUUAAGAAACGUAGAAACACCCAAAGCAAACAGAAACUAAAUUGUCCUGCAAAGAUAAAGCUGAGAGAUAUUUUAGCAUUUCCACGAUUUAAGAUUACACAUGGUAGCAAAAGCAAUAAGAACAUAGCAUCAAAGAUGUUGAGGGAAGCACUGAAAGAAGGAAAUGCUAAUCCAGAAAGAAGAAUAUACUUUCAAUUUCCUUCUCCUUCAGAUCACCAGAAUCAUUUGAUUGGCCAGGAAGACGGGAUGUGUCAGCGAGUCGAUAAGAGGAUUAUCAACAGGAUACAUGAGUUGGUAGCAGAAGGGUUGACCAACACAAACCAAGUCAAACAUCAGCUGGAAUUCUUUGUUAAAAACGUGCUAUUCAAGGACAAGGAAUUACCUCAACCCACCAACAGGCGAUUUUAUCCAACUGCUAAUGACAUCCGCUCACACAUACUUCGAGGCAAACUAAAGAAUCGUGACUCAAGUCAAGAGACCAGCAUACCAGUAGAUCAACCGUCAUCUGCCAGUGAAACUCUCAAUACUUCGUUAGACGAGUUACCCAUCGAGGUCAUCGCAGAUGACAUGAAUGUCCUUCCUGAUGACACAAAUACCAUUCCUAGUGAAACAAAUACCAUUCCUGAUGACACAAAUACCAUUCUGGAUGACACAAAUACCAUUCCUGAUGACACAAAUACCAUUCCCAAUGACAUUAAUGUAGCCCUUUCCAGUGCGGAUGCAGGAGAAAAAUGCCGGGAUUUGUUAGAACAAUUAAGGCAGCUGACCUUUGCCACACAGGACGAAGAAGUGUUAGCAAAUCUGAAUAACAGGCUUCAACAACUUCUUAGAGACAUGCAAUUAGUUUGCUGUGUUAGACAAUUUGGUGAUCAUGAUUAUGUAGUUCAUGAGAACAACAGCUCGCUACAACGAGAAACUUAAAUGACAAGUAAACAACAACUGAUUUAUAGAAAACAAUUUUACUGCUGGUAAAAAAUGCUUUCAUUUUGUACUUCAAAAGAGAGCAAUCAUAAGCUAUUAAAUUCCUAUCAGCAUUA